AUGGAUGAAAAUGAUGCAGAAGGUUAUAAAAAAGUUAAAUUGCUUGAACCUGAGGCAGAACCUUCUUCUUUCCCACAUGCCAGUGAAGAAUAUUCAGACGAUGAGUCAGACGUAGAUGAAGAUUCACAAAGAAAGCCCCCGCAGCGCUAUCGCAAAAGUGAUGCAGAUAAAGUUAUGCGUAAAAAUUUGUUUAAGAAUCCUAUGGAUGAUGAAGAUGCAAGGGAAGUGGAGGAUAUCGCUGAGCUAAACAUCAAAGAUCGGUGGAGACUGUAUAACUAUUGGGAAGAACAGAGAUUCAAGUAUUUGCAGUCAGAAAAUAGAAACCUGGUCAGAGAUUACACAGAAAAAUGCAAAAUGCUAGCAAGCUUGAGACAACUUGAGGAUGGAGACACUUUGGAAAAAGCGGAUGUGAUUGGAAUGACAACCUCUGGAGCUGCCAAGUACCAGCACAUUCUCCACCGCAUCAAGCCAAAGAUUGUGAUUGUGGAGGAGGCAGCAGAGGUUCUGGAAGCUCACAUUGUCUCUGCUCUCAGUGCUGGCACCCAACACCUCAUUCUCAUUGGAGACCACAAGCAACUCAGACCCAAACCUAAUGAACAUGUCCUAGCAACAAAGUACAACCUCUCCAUCUCCCUGUUUGAACGUCUGGUGAGGAAACAGAUGUCUCAAGCAACACUAGAGAUUCAACAUCGCAUGAGGCCAGAGAUUGCUCAACUGGUGUGUCCUCAUGUGUAUGAGAAGCUCUUGAACCAUGAAAGUGUUCAGAAAUACCCUGACAUACGAGGAAUAUCAAAGAAUAUGUUCUUCGUUCAUCACAGUGAACCAGAAAGCGAAAAUCCAAACUUGCUCAGUUAUCAAAACGAAUUUGAAGCCAACUACAUUGUUGGUCUCUGUGCCCACUUACUGAGACUGGGCUACUCCCCAAGUCAAGUAACUAUCCUCACACCUUAUGUCGGACAGCUUCUGCUGUUAAGAGACAAGAUGCCAAAGAGUGAAUUCUGUGGAGUUCGUGUGACAGCAAUAGAUAACUUUCAGGGAGAAGAAAAUGACAUCAUAGUCUUUUCAAUGGUCCGCAGUACCAAUCCCAACAGUAACAGAACAACAAUUGGUUUUGUGAAAGAAGAUAACAGAGUUUGUGUGUCUCUGUCGAGAGCAAAGCAUGGAUUCUAUGCCAUUGGAAAUUUUGAGUUGAUCCGUCACCAGAGCCGACUGUGGGAGUCAAUCAUCUCUGACGUGGAGAGCAGAGAAUGUUAUGGCAACUCCCUCCCUCUCUACUGCUGCAAUCAUCCCGAGACAAAAUACUCAGCCCAGACAGGCUCAGAUUUCGAAGCUAGAGCACCAAAUGGUGGAAAGAGUCAUGCCAAGAUGUGGUCAUAUUCAGAGGAUGAAAUGCUCAUAUGA